AUCUUCCAACACAACCGCCGCUUCCUGGCCGGCCCAGGCAGGCGCCUUAGGCCCCGUUCCAACACUGAACCGCUAUCCCCACAUUAUCAUCAUUCACCGGUAAAAAAAACAAAAAACACACCGUUUCCGCCGCCCGGUCUGUGAGGAGCUGCAGCCAGUAUGAGUGAAUGAAACGGCUGAAAUCUUUAAAGAAGUCCUGGGAAUCACUGUUCCUCGAACUUCCACCAUUGGCAGUGAGGGACAUCAAGAACGCACCACCAACAACAAUCAGCAGCAUACAUGAAUCCUGUCCGCAGCGUUGGGGCUGUAGAAGAGGUUGAGGCUGAGGCGUAGCGGGCGUGGUGAUGGUGUUAGACUCAGUUAAAAUCUUCAUGGAUCAGGUUGAGGGUGAAAGUGUUGGGAGCAGCAGGGACCUGAUGGAGCCGGAUGUCCGAGCUGAUCCACCCAAAACGGCUGUGACGCCCAGACCGCCGGCCAGAAGAAGUGAUGUUGCUAAGGAGAUGGUGUGCCAAAAUGGACUUCUGACCCAGGCGAACAGCAGCCAGGUACAGAGUAAGCCAUCAUCAUCAUCAAAAGGUGGGGCCACGCCUAGACCGCCGCUCCGCCGCCCCCUCAGCCUGGAGAUAACGCCUCAGCGGCUGCGAGGGUUUCAGGAGCAGAUGGCAGAGAGGCGGAUCGUGCAGCCUCCUUGGCGCAGCGGUUCGGCCGCCCCCUCGCUUCCGGCUCGCAGCCUGACCAGCCCCAGCCUGGGCUCAGGUGGCUGGAUGCGCCGAAGCGAGAGCACCUGCUCGGUCAAUUACUCCCUUGGGCUCCGGGCCACCAAGGGGCAAAUGCGACCUGCCACCUCCCUGCCACACAUACCUAAGGGUGCGGGCAGCACAGCGCUGCCUACAGCCUCCAGGCCCUGUCUGCUCGUUGCCCUCAGGCCUCUGAACCUGGAGCAGGAGAAGCAAACUUUCUUCCAGUCCGACUACAAGUACGAGCCUCAGUUUGAGUAUGCACAGCCGGAGCCGAGCAGCGUGUUGGAGAAGUACCGAGAGGGCUCUGGGCUCUUCCUUAAACAGGCGGUUGGAAUUAUGGAGUGUGUCCUGAGGAAGUUUGGCUCCUACGAGAACUUCGAGUUGGUGACGGGCGGCAGCGUCCUCCCUAGAAGUCAAGUCUUGGCUGCUGUACGUAAAUACUUGCAGAAAGAAGGCUGUGUGGGAGAGGUGGUGGUGCGUCUGUCUGACAAGCUGCUGUCUCAGGCGGUGAUGGUGGUGGAGAGCUGUCGUCCCACUCUGACCAUCAACCUGGCCGGAGCUCGACAGCACUGGCUGGAGGGGAUGCUGAGACAUGAGAUCGGUACACAUUAUCUGCGAGGGGUGAACAACAACCUGCAGCUUUGGCGCACCACUGAAGGCAGGCAGCUGUUCGACCUCAAACCGGCCAAUCCCACGGAGGAGGGCCUGGCCAGCCUGCACAGCGUGUUGCUACGGAAACAGCCCUACCUGUGGCGCGCGGCCCUGCUGUACUACACGGUGUACCACGCCACCAGCAUGAGCUUCAGCCAGCUUUUCAGCCACAUCGCUCGCUUCGUCCAGGACCCGGACAUCCGCUGGGAGUACUGCCUGAGAGCCAAGAGGGGACAGAUGGACACCUCGGAGCCAGGUUGCUUCAGUAAAGAUCAGGUUUAUCUGGACGGGAUCCUCCGAAUCCUUCGGCAUCGAAGAACCAUCGACUUCAAGAUGUUGACCUCUUUAGGCAAGGUGUCUUUCGAAGACGUGGAGAGGUUGCGUGAUCUGGCCGCCUUCCGACGGACCAGAAUCCCACACUUCAUGCGAGACCAGGAGCGUUACCUGCAACACCUGGAUCACAUCGUCUCUGUCAACGAACUGGACGAUUUAACGCUGCAACAACUGCUACCCUGACCUCCCUGCCCCUGCACUACCUGAAUCAUUGAAGAAGACAUGGCGGUUCACAGACUGUAACAAAUGGUGCGUUUAAUAUCACUAAGCAAAUCAGUGUUAUGCAUUAUUUGAGGGAUUUUAUUUGUAAAACUUGAAUGAUACGAACAAAAAGGGACGUACACAAUAACACCUCUAUCUACAUUUUUACUUUUGUCCAAUGCAUGCCCCCUCCUUGCCUUUACUCCUACUAUGAAGUUACCUCAAUACUGCAACUCUACGAUGUAAACAACAUUAUAUAUGUAGACUCAUACAUACUCACUGCUUUCAGCGCCUGUACAGGACACUGCUAACGCGUACAGAUUUAAACAUAAUCACAUGCUUUAUUUAUGCAAUUAUUUAAGUUGGUUUACUUUUGAGAGAACAUACUGAAUGUCUCUGGUAUUAGCUUUAUACCUGUAUUAUUUUAGACCACAGUGUUAUUAUGCCUUAGAUUGUUUGCAUUUUUAAAAAAGACACCAAGGACAGACACAUUUCCCAAAACCCCGGGGAAGUUGUAACUGAGACCGUGAAUCUUUAAGAUAUUAAGUGCCAGUGGACUCAGCCAUGUAUUCAAGCAUUCCCCAGGGUGUUUUUAUUUUAUUUUUAAAUAUCAGUGUUAUUAAGAAGAUAAUAAGCUCUGUUGUUACCGUCUUAGCCGUGUCCUUGGUGGUCUUUUCAUAUCAAUAUGCUACUGUGAUGUGAACCUGUCCCCGAGCUCCCCCCUCUGCAAAAGCCAAACUUUAUUUUGCUGAGUUGCAAUUUUUCUUGCAGAAAGCUAGAGGAGAAGAUUGAUAUCCCUCUCAUGUCUGUCCCUUCAAUAUGUAGCUGAGGCCAGAGACAGAGGGAAACAGCGCCGUCCGAAAUGUAAAAAGGACAAUUGACAGUUUGCUAAACCCCUCCCCUGAGUAGCGACUGUCCGUCCUAUCAUAGCUUAGAAACUGUAACUUCUGAGUUGAAGCUAUAUGCAUGGGGAUCUCAUAAGAUAGAUACUUUGUUAUAAUUUCUCUUUCCAAAACCAAAAACAGAAGAGGCUAAGGAAUAGAUUGAACAUGUUUCUCAGCUCUACCGUUAGCAUGUAGGGCUAACUAUCUUACGCCCAAAGCCAAGGAGCAUAUCAUUAACUAAUUGUAUUAGUUUCUGUAGUUGCAGGUUACGUGCACGACCAGCACGUCCACUGUGCGGGAGACGGUCCUGGAUGCUACCAGAGUUUACGCUAACGUUAGCGGCUCUGGUUUGAAGACACUUUACGCUUCCAAACGUCGGGCAAAAUAGCGUCAGUUAGCCCUCACCCCGAUGAACGAUGAACGUUUCCUUGUUACUAGCUAGAUCUACUCUGCAGUCAAACAAAAACAACGCUAUUUCUUUAUUUCCACGUCCCCGUGGAUCAUAAGCUGGUUAGGAUGCUAAAUUGCGUAUGUGCUGUGCGAGAACGUAAACCAUAGGCAACAGUAACUAAGAGGGAGGGGACAUAGCGUACAGUCAAUUUGCCACUUUACAAACUAUUCCUUUAACGUGUAGACAAAGGGGCAUUUACAUUUCUGUUGGGCUUUUCGGGAAGUAGCCUGUUAUCGUGGUUCCUCACUGGCUGGGGGAGCGGGUGUUGUGGGUGUGCCUUCUAUGGGUGUGGAGCUCAUCUGCUGAAGCUAGCCGUGUGUUCGUAGGCUGCUUUUUACUGUGUUUGACACUUACAGCUUCAGAUGUCAGCCGGGGCAUUCAUUUUGGGCCAAGCCGUCUGUGAGCAGGAUUAAAACCAGAAUGUGGGCUAAACAGCAUCAGUAGUUCCAGUUUUUAACUUACAAAAACGAUUUGACCAAAAUGUGAAUUCUACUUCUGUGAUGCAUUUUAAAUACUUUGGAUUUGAAGAACAUGUAAAUGAAAUUGAUUCUGCUGUGUUUACAAUUUCAGCCAUUUGGUAAGCAGAUGUAAGUUUUAAAUUUGAGCAGGUGGUCGUCUGCUGACCUCAUCAAACCUUCGGCCUGGAUUCACCUAAACGAAUGUACCUAUUUGUAACGCACGGAUGUUGCACAAGUGUUUUAUGUUCUGGAAAUCACCUUGAAGUUCCAGUUUAUUUAUUAAAAAGUACACACACAUAA